UCUCGGCAGAUUAUGCUCCAUGGAAAGGGGUGGGGUUAGUUUUUCAGACUUUGGAAAAAUGUUCGAAAGUUGAAGUAAUGAGGUGGACGUAGCGUGGGUUUUGCGGAGAUUAACUUUAAUUAAACCAAAUGGAAACCUGCAUCCGAGAAGGAAGACAUCCACUACAUGACACCCUGUCUGCUCCAGUGUGAAUGGUCGCGAUCAGGAGAAACUUUUGGGACACACGGGACUCGGCAGUGCUCGCAGGCAUAUUUUUGUUGCACGGGAAUGAGACUCAUCUAUUUUUUGCUAAACACCUGGGUUUUAAAAACCACUGAAGAAUACGACGGUCUGAUAGAUCUGAUGAUGCGGGCGGAUUGAGCAUUUACAGCCCGGCGUCUGUUUGCUUUGCUGCAGUUUCCGUGUGGAAUUCUUUAGAGCCGAUUUCUACAGUUAUCAUCUGCGUUGAGUUUGUUGUAAUUAACAGCACGGUUACUGCCAGUGUUAGUAGCCUAAAUCACAGAGAUGACGUCUCCGGCGAAAUUCAGAAAGGACAAGGAGAUCAUAGCGGAAUAUGAAACUCAAGUCAAAGAGAUCCGGACGCAGCUGGGGGAGCAGCUCCGGUGUCUGGACCAGCAGAGCGAGCUGCGCGUGCAGCUGCUGCAGGACCUGCAGGACUUCUUCCGCAAGAAGGGCGAGAUCGAGAUGGACUACUCCCGCAACCUGGAGAAGCUCGCCGAGAGGUUCCUGGCCAAGACCCGCAGCGCCAAGGACCACCUGUUCAAGAAGGAGCAGGCGAUCCUCUCCCCGCUGAACUGCUGGAAUCUGCUGCUGUCUCAGGUGAAGGGGGAGAGCCGGGACCACGCCACGCUCAGUGACCUCUACCUCAACAACAUCAUCCCCCGCUUCGCUCAGGUCAGCGAGGACUCGGGCCGGCUCUUCAAGAAGAGUAAAGAAGUGGGUCUGCAGCUGCAGGAGGAUAUGCUGAAGGUCCUCAACGAGCUCCACGCGGUGAUGAAGACCUACCACAUCUACAACACGGACAGCGUGAACGCGGAGAGCAAGCUGAAGGACGCGGAGAAGCAGGAGGAGAAGCAGAUGGGCCGCUCGGCCCGGCCAGAGGACAGGCAGGCUCCCCGCUCGCCCGACUCUCUCACCAGCGUCAAGACGGAGGAGAAGCACGUCCGCCGCAGCUCUGUCAAGAAGAUCGAGAAGAUGAAGGAGAAGCGACAGGCCAAAUACACUGAAAACAAGCUGAAAGCCGUCAAAGCCAGGAACGAGUACCUGCUGGCUUUGGAGGCCACUAACUGCUGCGUGUUCAAGUACUACAUCCACGACCUGUCCGACCUCAUAGACUGCUGUGACCUGGGGUACCACGCCAGCCUGAACCGGGCUCUGCGGACCUACCUCUCGGCCGAGUUCAGCGUGGAGACGUCCCGGCACCGCGGGCUGGAGGCCAUCGAGAGCGCAGCGGAGAACCUGGAGGCCAACAGGGACAAGCAGCGGCUGAUGGAGGCCUACAACAGUGUGUUCUGCCCCCCCGCCCGCUUCGACUUCCAGUCCCACAUGGGGGACACGUGGGGGCACGUGUGUGCUCAGCCCCCCCUGCAGGGGGAGCUACUGCAGCGCUGCCAACAGCUACAGUCCCGCCUGUCCACUCUCACCAUAGAAAAUGAAGAGGUGAAGAAGACCAUGGAGGCCACUCUGCAGACCAUCCAGGACAUGGUGACUGUCGAGGACUUUGACGUGUCCGACUGCUUCCACCACAGCAACUCCAUGGAGUCGGUCCGGUCCUCCAUGUCGGAGUCCUUCAUGAACAAACCCAGCCUGGCCAAGAGGAGGGCCAAUCAGCAGGAGACAGAGCAGUUCUACUUCACGAAACUGAAGGAGUUCCUGGAGGGCAGGACCCUGAUCACCAAGCUGGAGGCCAAACAUGACCUGAUCCAGAAAUCUCUGGGAGAGAGUCAGAAGACUGAUUAUUGCCUUGCCAGCGGGAGGAGGAGCUCAACCCUGCGCAAACAGGACUCCAGCCAAGUCAUCCCGCUCAUGGUGGAGAGCUCCAUCCGCUUUAUCAGCCGACACGGUCUGCAGCACGAGGGAAUCUUCAGAGUGUCUGGUUCUCAGGUCGAGGUGAACGAUAUUAAGAAUUCCUUUGAGAGGGGUGAAGAUCCCCUGGCAGGAGACCAGAAUGAUCAUGACAUGGACUCCAUCGCCAGUGUCCUGAAACUCUAUUUCCGGGGACUGGAGAACGCUCUCUUCCCCAAGGAAGUCUUCCAUGACCUCAUUUCCUGUGUCUUGAUGGAGAACCUUCCGGAGAGAGCAGUCCACAUUCACAAGGUCCUGAAGUCUUUGCCCAGUAACACCCUCGUCAUCAUGAGAUACCUCUUUGCUUUCCUCAACCACCUGUCCCAGUACAGCGAGGAGAACAUGAUGGACCCGUAUAACCUGGCCAUCUGCUUCGGGCCCACCCUCAUGUCUGUGCCCGAGGGGCACGACCAGGUAUCCUGCCAGGCCCACGUCAACGAGCUCAUCAAGACCAUCAUCAUCCACCACGACGCCAUCUUCCCCGCCCCCCCCCAGCUGGAGGGGCCCGUGUACGAGCACUGCAGGGCCACCGAAGAGUUCUGUGACAGUCCCCACGGCGAGCCCCCCCUUGUGGAUGAGCCAGUGCCGGACGCCAUCUCAGAGCUGCAGAACAGCGACGACGGGUGCUUGGUCAUUUCAGAGUCGGAGCCCUUGCAGGCCGUCGCCCGUUUCGACUAUUCCGGGCGCACCAGCCGGGAGCUCUCCUUCCACAAGGGGGCGUCGCUGCUCCUGUUCCACCGCGCCUCUGAGGACUGGUGGGAGGGGCGUCACAACGGGGUGGACGGGCUGGUGCCCCACCAGUACAUUGUGGUUCAGGACACGGAUGAUGGGACAUCUGGCAGGGGGAGCCCCAAAGCUGAAAUAGAGGGGCCACCUGAGCCUGGGCCACCUGAGCCUGCGCCGCCAGAGGAUAAAGUGUCCACUAGGGGCAGCGUGAGCUCUCCCACUGGAGGACACGUGGCAGACAUUUACCUGGCCAACCUGAACAGGGUGAGGAGUCGUCCCGAAUCCGGCGGCACGCGGAGAACGUUCCGGGCUGGGGAGGGACUGGCGGAGGGCAGCGGGGGGGCGGCGGCAGGGGCCCGGGCCUCCUCCCUGCCGGUGGGGGGGCUGCCCAAAGACGGGUCCGAUAAAAGGCCCCUCAGCGCCCACAGCGUCCUCAACUCCGUCACCCGCCACUCCUCCCUGAAGACCAAGCUGGACAGCCCGCAGUUCCGCAAGGCAGCCACCGCGGGGCGCUCCAGGAGCUUCAGCAACCACAGGCCCCUCGACCCGGAGGUCAUCGCCCAGGUGGAGGACAGCUCACAGGACGUGGAGGCCACCAUGAGCAGUGCGUUGAGGGAGCUGCGGGAGCUGGAGAGGCAGAGCAGCGCCACGCACGCGCCGGACGUGGUGCUGGACACGCUGGAGCAGCUGAAGGGGGGGGGCAGCCCCCGGGAGCCCAGCUCAGAGCCCUCCAGCCCGCUGCACGCCCGCGAUGCCCACGACGCCCACGACACCCCCCCCCAGCCCCCCCCCCAGCGCAGCUCCAGCUCCAUCAGCGACGAGCCCAGCACCUUCCGCCUGGGCAAGAGCGUCGCCAAGGCAACCGCGCCUGGCCCCUCCCCUUCCCCCUCCACCGCCUCUUCCUCCUCCUCUUCCUCAUCCUCCAAAGAGCCCCGCCCGCCCGCCACCCGCCCCAAACCGGUGGUGUUCCCCAAAACCAGCUCGGCGGCAGCCCCACCCUGGGGUCACCCACCUCCACCGUCCCCCCCACACCCCCACCCCCGCCCCGCCCACUGAUAAGUCCUGCCCCGUCUGAGCAGUACCCCCCUGCCCCCCCCGCAGGAGCGGCGGGUCUGCCAGCGCUCCCCUGCUCUCUCAGCUGCGCAUGCAGACGUGCUGGAGGAGGCCGCCAAGCACCUUUCUGACAGAGCAGCUGUGGCUCUUAGUCCUGAUCAUGUGAAGUGUGUGUGUGUGUGUGUUUGUGUGUGUGCGCACGUGCGUGUGUGUGUGUGCGUGCGUGUGUGUGUGUGUGUGCUGCAUACGUGUGUGUGUGUGUGCUGCGUGCGUGUGCUGCGUGUGUGUGUGCUGUGUGCGUGCGUGUGUGCUGCGUGUGUGUGUGUGUGUGUGUGCUGCAUGCUGUGUAUGUGUGAGUGAGUGUGUGCUGCCUGAGUGUGUGUGUGCUGCCAGCCCUCUGCUUACUGAGUUUUUGGGUUUUUCUCUGGGACUGGGCACUGCCAGUUUGAGGAAGUAGGCCCUUUUGAUUGACAGCUCCUGUGACCUGCAGGUGCUUUGAUUCCUGCCCCUAACUCUGCUGCCUGGAGAGACGCAUCACUCCACUCAGACUGGACUCGCCCACACCGAACAGGCUUUUUGGGGGGGGGGGGGCGUUGGGUUGCAGUGUAGUGACAGGAGAGAGCUUAUUUGAUGUAUAUUUGUGUGAUUCUCAGCCUCCUGUUGCAGUGCUGAUCAGGCGAGCGUGUGCCUGUGUGACUGCGUCUCAUUCCUGGGGGGUGGUUUUGCUCGGGUGGGAACGGGUGCAGAAGUGGAGCCAAACGCUAAAGCAGCCUCUCCAGACACCAGCACAGUAACAGCAGCGUAGUGCAGCUUUUUUGGGCCUCUUCUCUCUCCGUAGAUAGGUCAUGGGUUGAUAUGCCUUUAUAGUUAGAGAUGCAUUGUGUUAUUUUUGCCGUGCCGAUUCUCGGGUGGGUGCACAGCGCAGACUGUGGUUCAGAGUGACAGCUAACGGCUCCCAGCACAGCACUUCUCCCUGGCCGGUGUCCUGUGAACCCAACCACUGAGGCCGAAGAGAGUUAGCCUGCUAGCCAUUCCCUGUGUGCUCGGCCCCCUGUGUCCUGUGAACCCAUCCACUGAGGCCGAAGAGAGUUAGCCUGCUAGCCAUUCCCUGUGUGCUCGGCCCCCUGUGUCCUGUGAACCCAUCCACUGAGGCCGAAGAGAGUUAGCCUGCUAGCCAUUCCCGGUGUCCUGCUGAAGCAGCUUUGUGUGUUCAGAGCCUCUCUCAUUUCGCCAGGUUACCGACGGUGAUGUCACUGUGCAGGUGCACUAGCCGCCGACGGUGAUGUCACUGUGCAGGUGCACUAGCUGUCAGACCGAAAGAGCAGCAAAGUGGCGCCCACCAACGGCUAGCUUUUUAUACAGGCCUGCACGUGUCUUUUGGAAACAAAAUUAAAUACAACAAUAAGCAAAAAAAAAAGGGGAGGGGGGCAUUUUUUCUAUGUAAAUGUAAUAAUUGUGCUAACUGGAAAACUGGAGAUUUCUCAGUGUUGUAAAACCCCUUGUUCAUCUGACUGGUUUUUGUUGGCUGUUCCUGUUUUUUAGAUGGAAGAGUGUGAAUCUGAAAUUCCCUUCUUGUUUUUUCAGUUUUGUCAGCAGUCAGGUGUGUUUCUGUAUAUCAUGAUCAAAGUGAAAUACUUCAGGAGGGAAGAGUUCAGACACUGUGGGACAGCCACCAUGCUUUUUCAUCUGAAAUGACAUUUAAAGUUAGUUGUGUCUCUCAGACUGAACGUCUGCAGAAAUUUGGGUUCAGUAAUGGAGUAUUCCAGAGGCCUUCCGGAUGCGGGCUGUGACUGCACAGAUCUCAGAGUCGCUGACUCUCCACUGUUACUACGGCGAUCUUCAUUCACACGCUCGCAUGCUCGUAACUGGAGCUGCUCAGAUCAUUAAUCACAGAACCAUACAGACGUGCCCUGAUUAUUAAUCUUCAUUUUUUGUGCUUGUUCUUGCUCUGUUUUUUAGGUGUUGAUUAUGAGAAGGGUGAUCUCCUAUAACCAGGGCUGCUUCUGUCCUGUAUAAAAUUGACCCUAAAAUGUGUCUGGAUGUGCUAGCAUUCAUCAGUUAUAUUCACUUCCCUUAAAUGAAGGGGAAAAACAAAUAUGUAUCCCCUCUCUUCAUAACUGUAUUUUCUGUGUGCACCGGUAUGCAGAUUAACCAGGCCAUGUUUGUUGCUUCUAAACUGGAUCCCAUCCACCAUUGCACCUCUUGACCUUUUUUCAUACGACUGCAGAUCCUGAAUCCAGGCCCUUCGAGUGAGCCUACUUGGAAUUACCCGCUGUACAGGCUAUGCUAGCUGUUAGCAUAGCCUAACCAAUACCAAGUGCCCACUGUACAGGCUGUGCUAGCUGUUAGCAUAGCCUAGCCUGUGCCAAGUACCCACUGUACAGGCUAUGCUAGCUGUUAGUAUAGCCUAGCCUGUGCCAAGUACCCACUGUACAGGCUGUGCUAGCUGUUAGCAUAGCCUAGCCUGUGCUAAGUACCCACUGUACAGGCUAUGCUAGCUGUUAGUAUAGCCUAGCCUGUGCCAAGUACCCAUUGUAGAGGCAUUGCUAGCUGUUAGCAUAGCCUAACCUGUGCCAAGUUCCCACUGUACAGGCUAUGCUAGCUGUUAGUAUAGCCUAGCCUAUACCAAGUACCCAUUGCACAGGCUAUGCUAGCUGUUAGCAUAGCCUAGCCUGUACCACUGUACAGUGCCUGCAAAUAUGCACCAUAGCCUGAUUGGUUGUACCACACCUUACAAAAGUGGGCUUUGGUUUUUAAUGAGGAAGAGUGGAAUAGCGGAACGAUAAAAAAGCAAAAUCAUUUGCAGCAGCUGCCAGCAGCCAGUCCCAGGAGCGAAUGUGCUGGUGGGGGUCCGUGUGCAGGUGAGGAAAUGGAGCGUGCACACUGUAUUUUUGGCUGUUAUUCCCUCCUCCAAACACACUAAUCUCACAGGUCAGGAGCCUUAUUGCAUCAGUAGCCAUUAACAGCUGGGUGUGUUGCUAACUUUCAUUUGAAGCUUUAUGGCAGGAAUGCUUUUCAUUGUGCUGUUUCUCCUGUCCUGUUGUGUAACUGGAAAUUGACUUCUGGAGUUGUAGGGACUUUAACAUGCAUUAUAUAAAACAGGUGCUCAUGGGUGAUGUAGUUUGUUUCUUUUAAGACCACGCUGAAGGCACCAGCAUGAUUAAUCACCCUGUUCCAGUCAGGAAUAAAAAGUCAAAUUCCAUGAUGCACUUGAAAUGACCAUUGUGUGCUUGUAACCAGGUUGCGUGGGGAUGUUUUUUAAUCAUAACUUUUAUUAAAUAUGUAUUUCUUGUCCAUUUAAAUCAAAACAAAACAUGAAAAGAUUGUCAUGUUAAAUAUAUUUAUAGUUGUCCUUUUAAAUGUUUCUAUAUUACCUGAUGAAACCUGUGUUGAAAUGUACUUUGUAUAUACAAUGUUGUACAUUACAGAGGUACACUCUUUUUUUUGGUACAAUAUUGUACAGUAAUAGCAAUAGUAGUUUACUCUCAAAUAGAUCUUAUAGGAUUAUAUGUGUAGUUCUUGUAGUAAACUUUUUUUAAAUAAACAUUGCUUGCUAUACAUGU